GGAUUUUACGGAAGGUGAUGGUCUGUUUGUCACAUGAAAUCCUCCGUCUUAUAUGGACGUCACAUGUUGCCUGUCUAGGUCAUUGACAAUCGCGAGUUGUUUUAAAAGGUCAGAUUACCAUAUCGGCCAAUAUUUUUGGUUUGCGUUAAAGACGAGAGUGAAAAGCCAGCAAACAGAAGAAACUAAAGCUAGGGAAGAUAAGAAAAGCCAAUCAGAGCCAUGCAUUAUUCAGGAAGUUGUUUCUAUUCCAAAAUUGAAAUCUGGUGAAAUUCUUGGAAAGAUGCGCAUGGCGACAAUUUGUAAGUCGGAUCUACACACAAUAAGUGGAAGGAGAAAAAAGGCUACACCUUGUAUUCUUGGGCAUGAAGGUAUCAUCGAAGUAAUUGAUCAUCUACGUUCAGACGCCAGCUUCCAAAGAGGAGAUAGGCUGACAUUUCAUAUAGCAGACUGUUGCGAUGAGUGUGAGAACUGUAGAGGUGGACUUCAACAGAAAUGCACGUCCUUGUUAAAGUAUGGUCACUCCACCAUGACAGAAGACUCGCAACUAAACGGUUGUUACGCAUCUCACAUUGUCAUCCACUGUGGGACACAUGUUGUAAAAAUACCUGAUCAUGUGCAAGAUAAGAUGGCUGCUACAGCAAACUGUGCAUUGGCGACCAUGAUUAAUGCAGUAUCCGACGUGCUUGAAAAACGUAGUCCUUAUGACACAGUUGUUGUCAUUCAGGGAUGUGGUCUUCUAGGAAUCUAUGGGUGUGUGCUUCUUCAUGAAGCUGGCUUCUGCAAAGUUUUCUGUGUUGGUACCAAUCCCAAGAGGCUCGAAAUGGUUCCAAAGUUUGGAGGUAUUCCUAUCGUAGAAGGUACACACACUUCUAAUGGUCUCCAUAACAACUCAGUGGAUGUGAUUAUAGAGGUUUGCGGGGACUCGAGCGUGAUACCCGUUGGGAUGAAACUCCUUCGGGCCGGAGGUUUAUAUGUAUUUGCUGGUAUGGUUCAUCCAGAUUCCAAGUUGGACAUCAAUGGAGAACAAAUUAUACAAAAGUGUAUCACUAUUAAAGGAAUACACAACUAUGGUCCUCAACAUCUGGAUGAAGCUGUUUCGUUUCUUUCCAGAACUUGUGAUAAAUAUCCGUACGAUGAACUCUUCAGUCCAUCUUUCAAACUGACAGAUUUUGAACAAGCCUUGGAGCAAUCCAAACAGCAAGUGUAUUUCAGAGUCUGUGUUACGCCUUGAGAGAUAAUAAAGCUUUAUUUCUGGGUUGUUCUCAGAGCUCACUGUA